CGCUCCUCUGUGCUCCGUUGCCAUGGGCGCACGCAUGGGAUAAAGAUGAGUAAAAACGAAGGCGUGCCGCUUCUAACCAAGGACAGGAUUCCACCGGGGACUCCUCCCAGGACACAUAAACUUCAAGACAAUGGCCUGAAGAAGAGUGAUACAACCGAUUUUCCUGUUGUGCCAAGUAAAAUUUCAUUCCCUGUGUUCUCCAGACCUAUGGACUCCAACAUAAAGCCUUGUGACAGCAGAAAAAGUGAGGAUAUCGAUUCUCCACAAACCCCUCGGGAAGUGACAGAUUAUUUGUUAAAACAAUAUAAUAAUGGCCCCGACUCACUAAACCCAAAGAAAACUGCAAAAAAGCCAGCGAAAAGUUUAUUGUUUAAAGCUGUAUCUGAAGGAGAUGUGGACUCGCUGAAUAGACUUCUUCAAGAAGCUAAAGAUUCCUCAUCCACAUUUACAGAGAAAGCAGCACAAGAUUUCUUCAUGUACAAAUUAACAUCAAAGGACACAGGGAAAACCUGUUUGAUGAAAGCAUUGCUGAACAUCAAUGACUACACCCCAGAGAUUGUAUGCAUCCUGCUGUCAUUUGCUGAGGAGAAUGGCUUCCUGGACAGGUUCAUUAAUGCUGAGUACACAGAAGAAAAUUAUAAAGGUCAGACAGCAUUGAAUAUAGCAAUUGAGAGGCGACAAAGUGACCUGGUGAAGUGUUUAAUCAGAAAAGGGGCUAAUAUCAAUGUACUUGCACAGGGACGAUUCUUUAUUCCAAAGUAUAAACAUGAAGGGUUUUAUUUUGGUGAAACACCAUUAGCACUUGCUGCAUGUACCAACCAACCAGAUGUGGUGCAGCUUCUCAUGGAGAACAGCCAGACCGAUGUCACCAUCCAGGACUCUUUGGGCAACACCGUUCUUCAUGCCUUGGUGACUGUUGCAGAGAAUUCAGAAGCACAAAACGCCUUUAUAAUACGCAUGUACGACACAAUCCUAAGAACCUGUAAGAACAAGUCUUUGGAGAGUAUUGAGAAUAAUGAAGGCCUCACUCCAAUGCAACUGGCAGCUAAAACAGGAAAGACUGAGAUUCUUCAUUACAUACUCAGUCGAGAAAUAAAAGAAAAGGAAAAUAGAGUGCUCUCCAGGAAGUUCACAGAUUGGGCUUAUGGACCCGUAUCAUCUUCCUUAUACGACUUAAAAGACGUAGACACUAGCUCCAGGAAUUCAAUACUUGAAAUUGUGGUUUACAACACCGGCAUUGAUAAUCGCCAUGAGCUUUUGGCUUUGGAACCCCUCCAUACUCUUCUUCAACUGAAAUGGAAAAAGUUUGCAAGAUACAUGUUCUUUAUGUCUUUUCUUCUAUCAUUCACCUACAAUGUCGUCCUUACAUUAGUUUCCUACUAUCGACCACGUGGAGAACAGGCUCUGUAUCCCUUAAGUCUCACAUAUGAUCGAGGAUGGCUCCAGCUAGUCGGACAAAUGUUUAUUAUUGUUUGUGCCACAUACCUUAUGAUCAAAGAGGGUGUGGUCAUUUUCUUAGUGAGGCCAUCAGACCUUCGUUCAGUUCUGUCGGAUGCCUGGUUCCAUGUCCUCUUUUUCAUCCAAGCGAUCCUGGUUAUAGCGUCAGUCUUCUGUUAUCUUUUUGGCGUCAAAGAAUAUCUGGCAUUUCUUGUCUUAGCCAUGGCACUUGGAUGGGCAAACAUGUUGUAUUACACAAGAGGAUUUCAGUCCCUGGGAAUAUACAGUGUUAUGAUCCAAAAGGUCAUCUUGAAUGAUGUUCUGAAGUUUUUAUUUGUCUACAUUUUGUUUCUUUUUGGAUUUGGAGUAGCUCUUGCUUCUCUCAUUGAAAACUGUGCUGAUGGAGAUGAAUGCAGCGCCUACAAGAGCUUCAGCACGGCCAUUGUGGAACUUUUCAAGCUGACGAUAGGGCUUGGAGAUCUGGAGAUGCAGCAUGACUCUAAGUACCCGGUCCUGUUCCUUCUUCUUCUGAUCGCUUACGUUAUACUGACAUUUGUGCUUCUCCUGAAUAUGCUGAUUGCAUUGAUGGGAGAAACUGUGGAAAAGAUCUCUAAAGAAAGUGAACACAUAUGGAGAAUACAGAGGGCUAGGACAAUACUGGAGUUUGAGAAGAGUUUACCAUUGUGGGUAAAGAGUAGAUUUCAGCUUGGAGAAUCAUGUACCGUCUCCAAAAAUGACAACAGAGCAUGUUUAAGAAUAAAUGAGGUGAAAUGGACAGAAUGGCACAACCAUGUUACCUGCAUAAAUGAAGAGCCCGGCUUUGAAAUGCAUCCUGGGACAAGCUAUGCCAACUUGAAUAUCGAGGAUGAAGCAGAUAGUUACGAGAGAGACCGACCGGUUACAAUCGAUUUCAGAGAUUCAACAGAUGAAACCUUCGAGACCACAGUUUAGAAUGGGAGAAUAAUAUACAGAAGCAAAAGCCAA